UUCAAAUGCAACGCAUCUUCCGCUAUUGUGACUACGUAAUUUUCAGACAUGCGCAGUCGUGUCUGCCACCAGCUUUGUUGGGUUGCUACAUGCUACUGCUAACUAGCAAGUAUUUCCUGCCUGUGACUGGACACAGCUAUGGACAUCGACGCGUUAUUGGAGGCGUUUCAAGAUUUUGAGAAGAAAGGCAAGAAAGAGACCUGUCCUGAACUAGAGCAAUUCUUGUGUCAUGUUGCCAAGACGGGGCAGCCGAUGAUCUCGUGGUCACAUUUCAAAACGUACUUUGUGUUUAAGUUGGAAAAAGUCAUGGAUGAUUUCCACACUUCAACACCAGAACAGAGAGUGCCACAUAAUCCCAAUGUAGAGUAUGUUCCUUUCGGAGACAUGAAGACGAGGAUCUUAAAAAUGGUGGAUGGUUACAAUGGAAUCCCAUUCACCAUCCAGCGUCUAUGUGAACUCCUUACCGACCCCAAGCGCAACUAUACAGGAACAGACAAGUUUCUCAUGGGUUUAGAGAAGAAUGUAAUGGUGGUCAGCUGUAUGUACCCUGCAUCAGAGAAAAAUGGGGCAUCCAGUGUAAACAGAAUGAAUGGAGUGAUGUUUCCUGGUAACUCUUCUGUAUAUUCAGACAGUCGAAAUGUAAAUGGACCAGACACACCAAAACCGCUCACCAGACCAAAGCUGUCAUUGUCUGCUUCGCUUUCCACCAACGGACUCCCCGACUGUACGGCCAGUAAAGAGCCAGAGCCAACCACAGAGGAGGUGGAGGAGCACCAUAUUGGUGAUUCCUCGCCAUCAGAAGGCGAAGCUGCACCAAACAGCGGGAUAAAGAACAAACACCCCGAGGAGGAGGAGGAUUCUGAAGCUGACAAGCAUGAGGUCAAGAGGCUCAAGUUUGAUGAAGAGGAUGAAACAGAAAGGGAAGAAAAGGAGUCAUCUCGUUGUAAAGGGUCGGAGAGCUCGUCGGAGACACCGGACUCUUCAGAAGUCUCUUGUAGCGACGAGUACAAAAGUGGAACAUCUCGUAUCACGGCUACUAUUUCAGAGGAUCAUGAGCCCAGCAGCACACAGACAGAACUUUCUGAAGAGGAAGAAGACUCGUCUGAGAAGGAGGACGUCCCCAGUCUGCAGAAGGACAGCACUGUGGAUCAGCCCGAGCAGCCGGCUCCCUCAGAGAAGAGUACAAGCUUUGAGGAGGAUAAUGCGGAGAGCAGAAGCAGCAGCAGCAGCAGCAGCAGCAGCAGCAGUGAUGGAGAAGGCCUACCCAGUGACAAGCAUGUCCCCUCUUCUAGUAGUUCUCCUGACUUGUCAACAGAGGGCGACGCUGACAGUUCAAACAGUGCAAAGAUGGCAAUGGAACAUGGGGAACAUGGGGAACAUGACUAACUUGAAGCCAAGCUUGCCAACUGACUUAUUUUUUACACUGUAUGAUACCACACCAAGGGUAUAUGUGUAGCACUGUGGACCUCUGGACUUCAGGAUCAGGAGCGAUGUGAACCACAAGAUUCCUCACAUGGGUCUUUUGUCCUCUUCAGUUUCAACUCCUCAAGUCUACACAUGACUUGGUCUUAAAACUGGAAGGAAAUUAUUUAAAGAUAACAGAGACUCUGCUUUUUUCACUGUUGACUAAAACUUUUUCUAAUCUUUUUUCCUGAUUUUUAUAUGAGCGUUAUAAUUUAACCUUCAAUAACUGAUGUAUUCGGUGACUUCAUUAUUCUCAUGUCGUUCGGCAUUUGUUUCCUAAAAGAUACGUUUGACAGUCUGAGUUGCGUUUUGGCCUAAACAUAGUUGUUUUGACUAUUCUUCUGAUGAAUGAGAUCGUGAAGCAACAUUUCACAGAGGUCUGAUUGAUUUUUCGAUGAAGCACAUUGCAUAAAGUGUAUUUCUUAAUAACGUGAUCUUGCACUUGUUAGCAUUUACCCCUUGAAGGCUGUCACCGUUUUGAUUUCUCACAGAAUGAAGCCAAUUUCAAAACACAUGUCAUGCCAGUCGUCACCAGUUUGACUUGAUAGAAUAUUAGUUUUCCUCAAACGAAAGCCAUUUCUGCAUCAAAACCUUUCAACAAAAACACAAGGUACUUUUACACUUUCUGUAUGUCGUACCUUGGUUGUGCAAAUGUCCCUUUUUGAUAGUCUGGAUUUUUACAGUACGCAUCUGUAAAUGUUUUUUUGUAGACUUGUAAUACAUGUUCACUGCUUUCAUAACACUGAUAAUCGCUGGAAAUUGAAUGCUUGAGCUUGUAUCAUAGUAUUCAUGGAAAGCAAUAAAUGCUAAAAUUCAAA